UUGGCUUGGUAUGGUAAGGGGGAUGCUUAGCUUGAGGUUAGUGGGUGCAUUGCUUUGUAGGUGAAGCAAUUGUUCAGAUUACCGGUGUUCAUAAAAAUUUAUUUGGCUGAUUAGUAAAAUGAGCAUCUUAAUAAUCUUCGUUUGUUUCACUUAAAUUACUUUCUCAUCAGGUGACGAGGUUUCCAUUAGAAAAGAGGUUAAAUACAGCUAAUGAAUUAACAAGGCACUAUCAAAUUUUAAGUUAUGUUAAACCAUUCAGACGUGGAUUCUAUUUAUAUUACUACAUACAUUCAAAACUACUUAGAUUCGUUGGAUAAUCUACCAGAUGAUGUCGCUCGCCAGCUAUCUAGGAUACGGGAAUUGGAUUUAACUUAUCAAACAUUUCUAAAAGAUAUUGACCACCAAAAAGACAUAAUUCUACGUAAAGAUCCUGAGUCACAUGUGCGGAAGCGAGCAGUAGUGCGUCUUCAACAAACUCUCAUACAAGCACAAGAAGUUGGAGAUGAAAAACUACAGAUUGCGCAACAAGUUUGUGACCUGAUUGAGAACAAAGCAAGGCAACUAGAGCUAGACUUUAAGUUUCUCGAUCCCAAGUCGUUCUGCAAAGACCCAGACCCCAUCGAGGCAAGCGUAGAGAGAGCCAUUCUACAAACAAGAGAUGUACAAGGGUCGCUGCCGCAACUGUCUGUGGUGGGAGUGAGGGAGAACAACAGUGGGGGAGCGGGAGGGGAGAGGCAGAGCAAGCGGUCGCGACGCAGCCGUCAAGAGACAUCUCUGGUGGUGGACUCCACUCCAGUAUCGGAACCGACUCCCCCGCCAGAGCCUAUAACACCACUACCAAGAGCCAACGCCACCGCUACGGCCAACAAGAAGACAACGAGCACCGGGAAGAAGAAGAAGAGGAAGUCUCGACAAGUGCAGCGAGAAGAGUCGCCUCCGAGAGAAGAAGAGUUGGCAAUCGACCCGGACGAGCCAACUUAUUGUCUGUGCGAUCAGAUCUCGUACGGAGAGAUGAUCCUGUGUGACAAUGACUUGUGUCCGAUCGAGUGGUUUCAUUUCUCUUGUGUGGCUCUCGCGACAAAACCUAAGGGCAAGUGGUUUUGCCCCAAGUGCCGCGGUGAUCGGUCCACCAUCAUGAAACCCAAGGCCCAGUUUCUAAAGGAGCUUGAAAGAUAUAACAAAGAGAAGGAGGAGAAGUCUUAAAAUAACUGUAUUUUUUAUGAGCAAAUUUCCCAUUUAGGGAAAAAACUAUUCCCUAUACUCCGUAGGUCUCCAUGGUAAGGCCUAGUUUUAUUUAAUUCUUCCAAUUUGGUAGUAAUUCACUUGAAAUUCUAGAGUAACGCUGCUCUGACACAUGACCUAAUCACAGUGUAAAAUUAUAAAUAUUAAAUGAGCGUUAAAUUAUGACUGAUCGUGAGUAGGCUACAUGGUAACAACAGUUGAAUUAUAACAUAAAGUGUACAUAAUUUAUAUUUUUAUCGACGAUAUUGAAAUAGUAGUACAGUACAUUUAUGUGAUCAAAUGUACAAUAGUAUUAGGCUAGACUGCCAAAGUGUCAGAUGGCGAAGACUCUACCAACAAUCAACAGAUAAUAAUUUGUAAAAAUUUAGACUGUCAAUUUGUAAUUAUUCUUUGUAUUUAUUUUGUUGCUUGUCCUUGAUUGUUAGUGUACUUUAAAGUUUAACUUGUAAAUUUACUAUUGCAGAACAUAAAAGCAUAUAUAUAUAAAUAAAUAUAUUUAUAUAUAAUUCCCAGAAAUGUUUUUGUAAAACAUGGUUUACUAGUAAUGUAUCUUAAAAUUUGAAUUUUAUGUUUUUAAACAUAAUUUCAAGUGAAUCGUUUUAUAGUUUAUUUUUUGAAAAUAUUUAACUCGGUGCAUGUUGAUUGUGUUAUGUGUCUAAUAAAAACCUUUGUAGGCCUUUGAA